AUGGAGAAUCCAAACGAGUCAGAUGUUCCGAGUGGCCUGGAUCGGCCAUCUCCGGAGGAGCAGUUGUUGAGUGGUGCUGGGACGGCGAGUCAGGCAUUUGAGCCCGAUUAUCGUCUGCCUGGAGAAAUGGGACUAGAUGCAGAAGCGAGGGAGCUACUGAAUGAAGAACGUUCAGAGGGGUCGGAGGAAACAGCGAGGCAAUCAGCUAGCUCGCGUGAUCCGGCUGAUGUGGGUUCUCUUGCGGGGCCGGUGGUAGCUCGAGUGGGAGAAGCGGGUCCAACGUCUGCGCCCGCUCGUAUGCCAUCUAGCAGUGGGGGUAUGCGCAUGGAAGUGGACGAUGUAGAGCUGAUUCCGGAUUAUUCGCAGCUUCCGGAGCACCCAGCUGUUCCUUCUUCCUGGACUGGUCGUGUAGCGCCGUCUCAUGAGGCCACGGGCAGUGGGUCAGGUCCUUUGGAUUCGCUGUCUGGCAUGCUUCAGGGCUUGUUGGCCGAACAGUUGGCACCGGUGAUUCAGAACCAGAGACUGCUUGCAGAAAGGUUGGAGCGGAUCGAAAGUUCCAGGGGAUCAAUGUCUCAAGACUCGGUGAGAGCAGAGCCACGACUUACUGCUGCGCCGCCUGGAAUUUUUCCCUCGGACGCUGGAUUGGGCAGUGGUGUCAUGGGUGCUUGUAGUGGUGCAAUGGGCUUUGGGACAGCAGCCUCAGGAUUUGGAGGAGGACUGUCAUCAGAAAUGGUGGCCGAACUGAAUCGGCAGCAGUUCCUAACGCCGUGGUGGCAGUUCCCUGCGCAAUGUCCACCCCCUCGCUUGCCUGAGCAUCUGAGGCAAUCAAAUCCGAUCGGCAGUACCGGCAGGGCUGACGUGGGUGUAGCGACUUUGGGUGCGGAAGGGGGCAUGGGUGCGGGUGGGAUUGAGGGGCCGUCACUCGCUGGGCAGGGUAGAACCGCGGAAGCAACUCCAAGACGUGGCGCGGCUGUGCCAGCGGAGAGUGGGAGAGCUAGUCAGUGUGAGGGAGUAGGUGCUUUGUCUCAAGGGGUUAGCCUCUCAGAGGUCACUGCUCGUCCUGCAGCUGCCACUGUCUCGUCCGGUCCACCGGUUGAGGAAGCUCUUAGAGUCGUUGUCGCUGCACUUUGCGUGGCAUCAGUUAAGGGUGAACCGUUGAGUGAGGGUUCGGAUGAUUUUGGUUUUUGGAGAGUCAUCUUGCUCUGGAGCGUGUUGGUGAUUCUUGUCUGGGAGAUCGUCAAGUGGGGCUGUCGGGUGAGCUGCCGGAGGUUCGUGUUACCGGACAUGCCUGAGCCAGACUCAGAAGCUUCCCAAUCUGAGCGGGAGCAGGAACCUGAUGACGAGGAUCUUUUGGUAGAAACUGAUAGGCCUCAGGUUACCGCUGAGCCUCUGGAUGAGGACCCUGGUGUGAUGCCAUUUCGGUACGCUGAUGAUGUCGUGUAUCUUGUUCCUCGUAGGCCCACGAUUGCCUAUCAUACUGAACCAGAGCAGCAGGUCCUAGAGCAGGCAGGGAUUAGAAGACGUCACGCUUUGAGAGUUUAUGCUCCCGAACCUGAUGAUGAGCCGUUGCCGCAAGUGAGAGGUGUCGGGUCCGAUGAUGUUCCUAGGGAAGCUGAGCGUGUCGUUAGGGUCUCCGACCUCGCGCCGCUGCCGAGUUUUCAGGAGGGGGGUCCGUUAAGGCGUCUGGUGGAAGCCAGGGAGCGGGCAGAGGUCCUGCAGGGGAUGUUGAACAUGCCCCCUAUGGUACCUAUCGUGCUUCACCCUUUUUGGCCUGCGCCACCACAGCUGACGGUGAGAGAGCUUCGGACAAUGGCAUCUGAGUGGGGUGGUCCUGCGAGUUCUCUGUAUCAAGAGCCACAUCCGGCUUACCACGGCGAUCAGUACAUCUACGUGCCCGAUGUGAGACCACGAGUGUUGGUGAGAUGGCAUAUGCGGCCGCGUGUGGGAUUAUUCCAUCCGGAACAGGCGCCUACGCCAAUUCCUCUCGGUGCUCUUACAGGACAGCGACGCACGCUGCAGGGAUUUGCCAAUGGGGACAGGGUCAUUUGGGAUGACCGCUUCACGAAUCCAGAUCCUGAGAGGCCACAUGAAAAUCUGUGGAGAGGACGCACAGAGCUGGAAGUAGACCCAGAUGAACUGGCGAGACUCCAAGGGGGAAAUGAGGACUCCGAUUAG